AAGAAGACGUCAGCUCAGCCCAACCCUCACCGCCCGGCCUGGAACGAUUAUUUUCAGUUAGUCCCUGCGACAGCCAGUAUAGCUAGCAAGCGUGGUGUGUACCAGCUACGUGAACCUUCAAAUAUAAUAAUCGAUUUUUAAUCGGUUUAUUCAACAAUGGAAUCUGCUGAGGAAACUACUCCGAAGUCUCCCGAAGAAAAGAGCAGUCUGUCUGCUUCUCGGAGAAGAGCGGAGAUUCGCAGGAGAAAAUUGCUGAUGAAUUCUGAAGACAGAAUGAACCGAAUCGUUGGGUAUAGCAAAAGCGAUGGCGAGUCCAACGAUGACAGACCUGGGAUGAAGUCUCGGUUCCACCUGGAUUUGGACCGGACCGAGCCCUGGUCCACGCCCGUCCCAUUCGCCUCUGCGGUGCUGAGCACCAGUCACCACGGAGACGUCCUGGAGCGGAGGGGCUCGCCGGCGCCCGGGGGCGUGGACCUGCUGAGCGGCGACGUGCAGGCGGAGGAGGAGGAGGAGGAGCAGGAGGAAGAGGACGUGGUGAUGGCGGGGGCGCUCCGGCAGAGGGCCCAGGGGGAGAUGCAGGGGGACGGGGGCGUCUCCCGCUCCCCCCGCCGCGGCCUGCAGAAGUACCUGUCGCGCUUUGAUGAUGCGAUGAGGCUGCGCGGCCAGGUGGCCGGGGUGAAGGCGGCCCGGGACAGCAGCUCCGAGCCCGAGGAGCUGGACCCCUUCCGCGUGUUCCGCGUGUUCGGGAGCGUCGUGCUCGCCCUCGUCGUCCGCCUCUUCGUCUGCAAGUACCUGUCCAUAUUUGCACCAUUCCUGACCCUCCAGCUGGCUUACAUGGGCCUGUACAAAUACUUUCCAAAGGGUGAGAAGAAGAAGACCACCACGGUGCUCACCGCCGCCCUGCUGUUGUCCGGGAUACCUGCAGAGGUCAUCAACCGCUCCAUGGACACUUACGGCAAGAUGGCCGACGUGUUCACCGACCUCUGCGUCUACUUCUUCACCUUCGUCGCGUGUCACGAGAUCCUCCUCCUGUUCGGCUCCGAGAUCCCCUGAGGGCCCGGGGGGGAAUCCUGUCGGCCAUUUCCCCCGGUCUGGCGGACUCAGGAGACCUCGACGCCCCGUUAGAUCCUUGCCCUGCUUGGCCCCCUCCACCCCACCGUAUCCGCAGGGCUUCGCCUGGUUGCUGUCCUCACAAGGAAGUCCCUGAAGGUGUACAGGACGGAAGAGCGUUCGCUGGGUGCUGGGCAGGUGUUUGCAAUGAGCCUGCAGGUGUCAGAGUUUGUUGGGUGAUGAGAGGUUUCACCGACACAGAUUAAGCUCAGUCCUGGAAUGUAUUGAGUUUUGUAUAGAGCUGCAAUCGUCAAAUCUGGAUCUCGAAUCCAAAUCACUGGCCCUGGUUUUCUUUUCUCCCAGGUAAUUAGCUAAACAAUUAGCGCUACUGAUUGGCCAGUCUGUGUUGACACCUGACUCCCAGGUACAGGGAGGGUGGGAAAACCAGGAGUUCUCUGCACUUGAAGACCGUGAUUUGAUGAUCACUGGUCUCGGACAAGGCUUAAUCUGUGUCUGUGAAACUGGCCCUAAAUGUUUCUUUGGCACUUAAUUUAACAGAACAACAGCACAGCUGAGAUGGGUGAGAAGGAUAUCUUCGUAUCUCAGAUUUGGACUUAACUGAAUCCAUUGCGCUGUAAUGACCUGCUACCUGCUAAAAUCAUGUUCUCCGUUUGAAUGUUAAAACUCAGUAUUGUUUUCCCCCGCAGGUAAGCUAAUUAAAUACACACUGGAGACUACAUUUUCACUACUGAAUACUUGUGUUUUAAUAAUUGUCCUCAAAAUAAAGGAAUUAAUGUAUGACGCCUAUAAAUGUGCUCUACACUAAUGGUGGGGUUUUUUUUGUUAAAUUAUUAUCCAUGUGCAACAUGCAUCUACAGAAUCUUGUGAAGGAAGUUACUGCUAUAUCGUAAGAAAUUGUGUUAGCGCUUCUGUCAUGUAUGUUUUAACUCUUAACUUUCAAUUUCCUUGUGUCAUAGCAUGGUAUGUGUUAAAUAAGUGAAAUGUUAAGUCCAAAUUAAAUUAUUGAAUCAUUAUGUGCAAA